CAGUCGCCAUUCUUGCCUUUGUGUUCUGGACUUCGCGAUGACUCGUGUCUGCCUGCUUUUAUAUGGACGUCUGCGCCCGUCCUAGCCAUACGCGUCACUUCAGUUAAUACCCUUCAAAACGAGCCAUCAUGCCGAUGCUGGCUGAUCCGUCCCAAAAGUACAAGCCGUACACCCCGCUCAACCUUUCGGACCGCCAAUGGCCCUCAGCAGUCGCGACGAAGCCACCUAUCUGGCUGUCGACAGACCUACGCGAUGGCAACCAGGCCCUCGCGAACCCAAUGACGAUCCCGCAGAAGACGCUCUUCUUCCAGACCUUGCUCAAGUGCGGCUUCAAGGAGAUCGAGAUCGCGUACCCCGCCGCUAGCGACACGGACUUCAACUUUGUGAGGGGGCUGAUUGAGGGCGGGCAGGUGCCGGACGAUGUGUGGAUCCAAGUUCUGACACCGGCUCGUGAAGACCUCAUCCGCCGGACAAUUGACUCUGUUGCAGGCUCGAAGCGUGCGAUCAUCCACAUGUACAAUGCGACCUCAUGUCUGUUCCGGGAGGUCGUCUUCCGGAACAACAAGGAGGAGACCCUCGCCUUGGCCGUCAAGCACACCGAGAUCAUCCGCAAGCUCACCGAUGAGUGCACGCAGAAGCACGGGACGAUCUUCAGGUAUGAGUACAGCCCAGAGACCUUCACGCAGACGGAGCCGGAGUUUGCGGUGGAGAUUUGCGAGGCGGUCAAGAAGGCAUGGGGGAGAGCGGGGACUGCGUUUGAGGACAGGAUUAUCUUCAACCUACCUGCGACGGUCGAGAUCGGUCCUCCGAACCACUACGCAGACCAGGUGGAGUAUUUCUGCCGUCACAUAUCUGAACGGGAGAAUAUCUAUGUCAGUCUGCACCCACACAAUGACCGAGGUCAGGGCAUCGCGGCUGCCGAGCUGGCCAUGCUUGCGGGCGCGGACCGUGUGGAGGGCUGCCUCUUCGGCAACGGCGAGCGCACCGGUAACGUCGAUCUCGUGAACCUCGCAUUGAACCAGUACACACAAGGGAUCAACCCCGGACUCGACUUCAGCGACAUCCAAACCGUCAUCGACGUCGUCACACAAUGCAACGAUCUGCCGGUGCACCCUCGCCACCCAUAUGCGGGCGAACUCGUCUUCACCGCCUUCUCCGGUUCGCACCAAGACGCGGUCAAGAAGGGUUUCGAGCACCAGCGGGCACGGUGGGCCGAGGCGGAGCGCAAGGGCGAGCCGACGAUUUGGCACAUGCCCUACCUCCCCAUCGACCCCGCGGACCUUGGUUGCAACUACGAGGCCGUCAUCCGAGUCAAUGCGCAGAGCGGCAAGGGCGGCAUCGCGUACCUCGUGCAGCAGCACCUCGGGCUCGACAUGCCGCGCAAGAUGCAGAUCACGUUCUACAGCGUAGUCCAGGAGAUCGCGGAUCGCGAGGCGCGCGAGAUGACCGUGGAGGAUAUCACGACGGCAUUUAGGAAGACGUACCACUACGGCGGGUCGACAUACGAGGGCAGGCUGGUGCUCAAGUCGUUCAGGAUUUCAGCGGAGUCGUCGCCGGACCUCCCGAGCGGAGACGAGGCAGCGGAUGAGCGACGCCAGUUCGAUGGCACGGUGUCAGUGGAUGGUGUCCUUCGAGUCAUUCGUGGAGACGGCAACGGCCCGUUGUCCGCACUGCUGGAUGCUCUCCGCACGCACUUGGAGAUCGACCUCUCUCUGCGCGAGUACUCCGAACACGCUAUCGGACAGGGCCAGGAUACCAAGGCCGCGUCGUACGUCGAGCUCGUUCCCCUCGCUCGUGAUGUGAAGGAGAUUCGCAAAUCGACGGAGUCGUGGUGGGGCGUUGGCGUCGACCCGGACAUUGCGGGAUCCGGUUUACGCGCGCUGCUAAGCGCGGUCAACAGCGCAAUUGGCGACCGGCCGCUACCUGAACUCAAGCUGAGCGUUGGUUACAGCGCGAAGACGAGCCAGGCAGACAUCGCGUCAGUGAUCCUCAAUGAAUUGUCCUUGGAGCUCCCUCGCCGUCUGCAGGCAUCCUUCUUUGAGGUCGUCCAGCGAGCCGCGCGCGAGACGGGCGGGCAGAUGUCUUACUCCGACCUCAUACAGCUGUUCAAAGAGACGUACGCGUUCGACAUCCCCGACAAGGACGGCCGCUUCGCCCUGCAGAGCUUCAAUAUGGAGAAUCUGGGCGAGAGCGGGCGGAAGGAGCUCACGGGCGAGUUCAUCAUCAACGCGAAGCUCACGAAGGUCGCAGGUCAGGGCAAUGGUCUGUUAACCGCGGCCAUCGCGGCGCUGAACGAGCAUAUCGACGGACAGCUGUCGAUCCGCGAGUACGCGGAACACUCGAUCGGCGAGGGUUCGGACGUGAAGGCUGCGUCGUACGUUGAGCUUGCGUAUGAGGUGGAUGGCGGCGCGAUCAAGUUGAAUGCCUGGGGCAUUGCGAAGGACACGGAUAUCACCGCGUCGGGUUUGAAGGCCCUGUUGAACGCGUCGAGCAGGGUGGACCACCUGCACAGGGAGCUGACGCAGUCUAAGAACCAGUGAGCAGUCGAAUGCAACUAUUAGUGUAUGUAAUGUAGUGUAUCAUCAAUGUCAAAAUGGCUGUAGCCUGUCCAA